AUGAUUUAUGAGUUCAAGAACAUCCAUGCAAAGAUUGAUGGGAACUAUUCUGACCUCAACAACAAGUACAUGCAACUUGCCUCUCAUCCCAAAGCUUUGGAGAGUCAAGUUGCUUCUAUACCUUCAUCCUCCAAGCAGCCAAUGGGAUCUCUACCAGGGAAACCAGAAAAGAACCCCAUGGAGUCUUGCAAUGUUUUCUUCUCCACUGCUUCUCCAGAGAUUGAGUUGAGUGAUCAUGAGAAAGAGGAGGAUGAGAUUGAAAGACUAGUAUUUGGAACUAUGUUUGGGGAAGGUGAGAGAUUUGUUGUGGCCACAGCUGAAGCACAGAUUGUGAAGGACGCUGCUAGGAUGGUUGAAGCAAUGAAUCUGCAAAGAGCUGAGCACAAGGCUGAGAAACAAGUUGAGAAGAGAGCUGACAACAAGCUGACAAAGGUUAAGCUAGAGGAAGCCACUGAGGUUGAGCUAUCGCCCUAUGAUAACCUCCCUUUCCCCCAAAGAGUUCUCACCAAAGCUCGGAAGAAGGUGCUCUCCAAGUUCAGGAAAGAUCUUAGUGUUGUUGGGGUCAGGCUUCGAGAAAUCUCGGGUAUGCGUGAAGCUCAUGUCCAGAUGAUGCUCAUCAACGACAUUCUAGACCACCAAGCUGAAGUGGCCAAACUUUUAGACAUCUCCAUUCUGAAGAUUGAUCCACCAAUCCUUCCAAAGUCCCUCCCUAAGCUUGGGUCUCAAGGGAUGUUCACCUUGCCUUGCUACCUUGGUAAGCUCACUUUUGAUGAUGCUCUUGUUGAUUCUAGUGUAACUGUGAAUGUGAUCUCAAUGGAGAUGAUGAAGAGUCUAGGGAUUGAGAGCAUGGAGCCAAACACAUCUUCCCUACAGUUUGGAGAUUCCUCUUCUACAACUCCUAUUGGUCUCAUCAAGGAUUUCCCUUUGAAGAUUAAAGCAUGCACCAUUCCUAUAGUCCUCACUGUUCUGAAGAUGGCAAGUGAGAAGAGAGUCCCAUUGAUCCUUGGCACUCCAUUCCUUACAACAGUGGGAGCUUGCAUAGACUUUCCCAACAAGAAGGUCACACUCCUAAAUGUGAACAAAGCUGUCUCCUAUCCACUACAAUCCCCAAAGAUGAAUGCUGAGUAUUGUGGAACAAUCACUUGUGGAGCAUCUUCCAUUGAGAAGACCAAAACUGAAGGGGUUGGUAUUGAGACAGAAGGUCUUGCUGGAGAGUCCUCUAAAGAGCUGUGUGAUGAGCACUUGGAAAGUGCUAAAAAGAAGGAGGUGAGUAGAGCCACAAAGUCUGCUCAUGACAAGAAGAAGAUUGUGAAAGAACCUCAUCCUCCACCUCUUGAUAAGACUACUCACACUCUCACUUUCCACCCAAUGAAGCUUAAGGAUGGUGCCAUUGAAUACAAAAUCAAGUGCAAGGGAAGAUGGGCUCAGUCUAACGGUGGGAAGGUCUCCAUCCAUAGCUAA